GGCGGGAGCGCGGCCGGCUGUGGGCACGGCGCUGGGACCCGCCCGCACCGCCGGGAGCAGCGCUCCCGCUUUCCACUAUUUCGCUUUAUUUCGUCCCUCACGCACGAUUCCCUGGAAAUUUGUUAUCAUUGCUUUCCCCCCACACACACCCUUUUCUUCACUUUUUUUGCUUUCUUCGUGCUGCGGCCAGCACCGGGAAGGAGCUACCCCUGCCCGCCGUCCGCCCCGCCGCGGCCCCGGCUCCUCUCGCCGCCGCUCCCGGACCUGUCGCCCAGACCGGCUCCGCUACCUGCCCGGCCGCGGGAGGAGCCACUUCCCUCUCCCCAGAAGGAUGGAGGUCCUGCAGCUCCUGCGCCUGCUCCUUACCACCGCCAUGCUGGGCCUGUCCCAGACAGUGAACCCCUUCGUGGCCCAGCAGACCCCCCCAGACCCUUGCUAUGAUGAGAGCGGUGCUCCUCGACGCUGCAUCCCUGAAUUUGUCAACGCUGCCUUUGGGAAGGAGGUUCAAGCUUCCAGCACGUGCGGGAAGCCCCCAACACGGCACUGCAAUGCCUCGGACCCCCGCCGAGCCCAUCCACCCGCCUACCUGACUGACCUCAACACCGCCUCCAACAUGACCUGUUGGCGCUCGGAAACCCUCCACCACUCACCCCAGAACGUCACCCUCACCCUCUCCCUUGGCAAGAAGUUUGAGGUGGUCUACGUCAGCCUCCAGUUCUGCUCACCCCGGCCCGAGUCCACCGCCAUCCUCAAGUCCAUGGACUACGGCAAGACCUGGGUGCCCUACCAGUACUACUCCUCCCAGUGCCGUAAGAUCUACGGCAAGCCCAGCAAAGCCACAGUCACCAAGCAGAACGAGCAGGAGGCCCUGUGCACCGAUGGCCUCACUGACCUCUACCCGCUCACCGGGGGGCUCAUCGCCUUCAGCACCCUCGACGGGCGACCCUCGGCCCAGGACUUCGACAGCAGCCCCGUGCUCCAGGACUGGGUGACGGCCACCGACAUCCGCGUGAUCUUCAGCCGCCCGCAUCUGAUCCGUGACCUGGGCAGCCGGGACGCUGGCGAGGAGGAGGGGGCCACGGGCUCCACCCCCUACUACUAUGCGGUGGGGGAGCUGCAGGUCGGCGGGCGCUGCAAGUGCAAUGGGCACGCGGCACGCUGCAUUAAGGAUAAGGAGCAGAAACUGGUGUGCGACUGCAAGCACAACACAGAGGGACCCGAGUGCGACCGCUGCAAGCCCUUCCACUACGACCGGCCCUGGCAGCGGGCUAGUGCCCGUGAGGCCAAUGAGUGUCUGGCCUGCAACUGCAACCUGCACGCGCGGCGCUGCCGCUUCAACAUGGAGCUGUUCAAGCUGUCGGGGCGCAAGAGCGGCGGCGUGUGCCUCAACUGCCGGCAUAACACGGCGGGCAGGCACUGCCACUACUGCAAGGAGGGCUUCUACCGCGACCUCAGCAAGGCCAUCACCGACCGCAAAGCCUGCAAGGCAUGCGACUGCCACCCAGUCGGUGCGGCCGGCAAGACCUGCAACCAGACCACGGGGCAGUGCCCGUGCAAGGACGGCGUCACCGGCCUCACCUGCAACCGCUGUGCCAAGGGCUACCAGCAGAGCCGCUCGCCAGUGGCCCCCUGCAUCAAGAUUCCUGCCAUCAACCCCACCUCCCUAGUCACCAGCACAGAGGCACCUGCAGACUGUGACUCCUACUGCAAACCAGCCAAGGGCAACUACAAGAUUAACAUGAAGAAAUACUGCAAGAAGGACUAUGUGGUCCAGGUAAACAUCCUUGAGAUGGAGACAGUGGCCAACUGGGCAAAGUUCACCAUCAACAUCCUCUCUGUCUACAAGUGCCGUGAUGAGCGGGUCAAGCGCGGUGACAACUUUUUGUGGAUCCACCUGAAAGACCUGUCCUGCAAGUGCCCCAAGAUCCAGAUCAGCAAGAAGUACUUGGUCAUGGGGAUCAGCGAAAACUCCACUGACCGGCCCGGACUGAUGGCCGACAAGAACAGCCUGGUCAUCCAGUGGCGGGAUGCGUGGACACGCCGCCUUCGGAAACUGCAGCGGAGGGAGAAGAAGGGCAAGUGUGUGAAGCCCUGAGGGGUUUGCACCCACCCUGUCCCCCAUGCCCAGCCCCAGCCCAGCUGGGUGCUGCCAGACUGCGCCCACAGACUCUGUACAUAUACAUAGUGUGAAUGGA